AUGGUCACUUCUCAUCAUCAUCAUCUACCUCCAGAGAUUUUUGCCGAGAUCAUUUCCUUUGGUGAUCUUUAUGAUUAUUCAAACAUGAGACAACUGUCAAAAGCCAUGAACGAAUUAUGUUUGAAAUUCAUGCCACUCGACGUUGCUUGCAAAAAAGCUUACUUGGAUCAAUUCACCGAUUCAGAAUUUCAUCAAUUAAAUCCUUCCGUGAAAUAUCAUCGAUCCUUUCUCAAGAAUUUAUUAUGUGGUCAACCUCGUAAGAUCUCUCUUCUCUUGGAUGAAAUGGUUUCAAGAAAUCAUCAUUCUGGAUGUCGUUUGACCAGAGAGGAUUUUGAUUUUUUCGUUUAUUAUGCCAUAAUUUGCAAGAUCAUGAAGAAGGAUGCUUCUCCGACUUUUUCAAGGUCCUUGCUGAUGUCAAUUUUACCUUAUAGUUAUCGGUUGGAAUCAACAUCCUCCUCUUGGGAUGUCACACAGAUUGUACAGAAAAUUCCAGACAGCUUGUCAAGUAUUGCCGAGCAAUUAGAUUCUCGUUUGGUCUCUACAUUAACUUUCCGACAACAAUUACUCGAAUAUUCAAAAUUGAUUCGUCCACUAAAAGAAUGGUCCACGAAAUCCGAAAAGGACAUCUUGUCCAUGUUGACAUUGCCCUCUACUCCAAUGUUAUGCAAGUUAUGGUUCUUUUCUCUUCCCGUGUUGACCUUUCACUUGUUGGAAAACAAGUCUUUAAGUAAGACGAUUUUCGAACAACAUUUGGAACAAGAAGAUCGAACACACGAGUUGUUGUUUUUACACCAUUUCCAAAAGAGUCAAUGGUUUGGAUCUGAGAGCGACUUUUUCCAUAGUCGAUUCGUGAUGAAAAGUGUCAUUGUCAAAAAACCUGAACUAUUUUCCAAGUUACCAAAUUCGAUACAAAAUGAUUUAUUGGUGGCAUUGCCUGCCAUGAAGACGGAUUACAAACUUUUCCAAUAUUUGAAGGAUGAAAUGAAAAAGGACGAACAAAUUCUCACACUCAUACUGUCAUCCAUCAAAAGCUCAGAGUUUCUCGAGUUCGUGAGAAAACACACGACAACCGAGUCACAAUUUUUGAGUAUUCGAAAUGUCAUUUCCAACUCUUUCAAAAUUAUUGAUCAUUCCAUAACAGAUAAAACUCUCACCAAUUAUGAGCUUUUGGAACAUGCUAGUUCUGAAAUUAAGGAAAAUGAAAAGUUACUUUUGAAAUGUCUGGAAUUAUUUAGAACUUGUCAUGGAUAUUCCUUCCUUUCUAUUCGCACCAACCAUGAAGGGGCGAAACAUUGUGCCAAGCUUGAGACAUUUUAUGAACAUCAUCUAAACAAAGAUGUUCUAUUUUCGAGGCGAGUGGUUGAGGCCUGGCUUAAAAUUUCAUUUCCGAAUUAUCUCAAAAACAAUUUCACCAAGUUUGGAAAUGAUUUGGAAUUGAUCAAGAUGGCUCUGAAACAUGGAGAGUAUGGUGUUUUAAGACAACUCCCACCUGAAAUGCAACAAAAUUCGUCUCUUGCUUCGUAUCUUGUGGAAACUAAACCUGAACUGUUUCCACUUGUGUAUAAAUUAGUGCAGAAUGACAAGGAAACUGUGAAAAAAGCUAUUGACUUCAAUCCGUACUUCUUUGAGCUCGCUUCCGAAGAAAUUAGGAGUGAUGUUAGUUUCGUUUUAGAUUAUAUCACGAGAAAUAAGAAAUUUGGUAUCUUGAAACAUGCUUCGAAACACUUAUUAAGUGACACCAAGGCAAUGAUGAAAUUGGUACCUAUUUUCUUGCAACAAAAGUCGGGAAGUUUGUGUUAUUUUCCUUCGCAUGUGUUUUCAGAUUUAGAAUUCAUGUCCUAUGUGAUCCAGAGCGAUCCUCGUUAUGCCAGAUAUUUGUCACCAUUUGUUACCAAUGACUUUUUGAUCAAGUUAUACGUGAAGGUAUUUUCAGAGAUUCGUUAUCAAGACUGUAGUGUCAAAUUACAUAUAUUCUGGCAAGUACUUCCUUAUAAUUUGACACAAAAAUCCUUUUUCAUGGAAUUCAUUCCUACUUAUCCACAAUUAAUUAUUUCAUCUCCAUUCAGAUCUGACAAGGAAGUGUGUGAAGUGGUCAUUAAGACGGAUCCUCAAUAUGUCAUCUUUUGUUCCAUUGACGUUGUGUUGUCAGAGAAGCGUUUUGUGGACCUGUUUUUACAACACAUGAAAUCUACUCUUGCCAAUGUCUACAGACAAACCAUCUCCAGCACUGCAUCCUGCGUUAACCAUGCUUCCGCUUAUACUCCUUUUUACUUACCUUUUGCUAGCGUGGUUUUAGAACCUGUGAAAACUUCACAACACACCACACGUGGCAACAAGCAACAAGGUUCGAAACAAGCCAAGCCUCCAUUGAGCACAUUGAACUCGGGCAUUCACUCGUCAUCAACAACCUCUACACCUGAAAAAUCCGCUUCAUUUUCCAAGUCAUUCGUUGAGGUUGCAAGAACUUCUUCUGUGGACAAGAAUUCUAAACAAGAUGUGGUAUCAUCUAACAAACAAAAUCGUUCCAAAGUUGCCAAAAAAUCAUCCUCGAAAAGGGGAACAAAAAUUGACCUUGACACCCUUCGUAAAUUGUAA